UUUAACGGGAGACUGAGCUCCUCCCCAGACCUGAUCAUCUGAUUCAUUGUUGUCCCCUUUUCACUAUACAUACGAUGCCGACGGCCAAGGAUAACCGACGAUCAGGAACAGAGGAUCGGAACAGAAGAUUGAAGGUGACGAGACUAUCGUCCUCAUUUAAUUCAGAGAAGCUACCACGGCCGAGGGCCGUGUCCGGUCUCCUCUGCGCAGUCUCCGGUAACGUUAAUUCGGCAUUCACCGAUAAUGAACGACCAAAGCUGACAAAAUUGUUGAUGAAUGUAACGAUUCGGGGGACCGUUGGGGCCGUGCAUGUGGUGAUAUCACCGGAAUUAACUGUUGGCGAUCUGAUCGUCGCAGUUCUCAGGCAAUACAUGAAAGAGGGCAGGCGAGUGACAAUUCCGUCUUGUGAUCCUGACGGGUUCAAUCUUCAUUAUUCUCAAUUUAUUCUAGAAAGUUUGGAUAAGAAGGAGAAGCUGAUAAAAGUAGGAUCCAGGAAUUUCUUUCUUUGCCCUAAAAAUCAUUCGACGGAAUCUGUUGAUGUUCCUCCCUUGAUCAAGUUGAAUGCAACGAUGGCAUCUCCGCCGCCGCCGCCGCCUACCUGCGGCAAGGAAGCAGAUUAUAAAGUGGUGAGGACAUUAUUUGCUCCAUGCUGGCUAAAGUUCAUUAAUUUCUUGUUUUAGAUU